UGGUUCGUAGUAAGUUUAGUACUUCAAACAAGAAUACAUAAUCGGUCAAAAAUUUCUGUGGCCCUCCCUUUACGCAAUGAGCGGCUGUAUGGUGUACUCAGCCGUUCAUUGCGUAGAGGGGGGAUCACAGAAAUUUUUCGUGGUGUUCGGCAUCAUCGACAAGUCCGGCAUUGGAUACAACACUCUUUUAGGCCCCGGUGUGUCAAUGAUUGCGACUACAGCCGUCUACACCCGCUAUACAGACCGGCUCAAAACGAUAUUGCCUUACUCCACAUGCCACAGGAUAUUCCGUUUUCCGGGCGACAGUGGUGGACCUCUCAUUGUAGUAGAUGAAAAUGGCAUAGACCGUCAAGUGGGCAUUGUGAGUUACGGAAACGCACGUUGCCCUAGCGACGCACCUGGAGUCUUCACAAGGAUUUCUGAAUACAAGCACUGGAUUAACCAGGUGGUUAAUGACUUUCUAUCUGAUACCUAGUAUUCUUCAUUAGGUGUCAGACAGAAACUCAGUAACCACCUGGCAUCCUCCCCCCAACUGACCACAAAAGCGUCUCUUCCCGUAAAGUGUUCGUCCCGAUUAUAUGCGAGUUUUAUUGGCCCAAUUGUGUCUGAAGUAGAGAAAUAUUAUAAUAUGUUCAAUCAAUAAUGUGCGCAUGGUAAUACUUCAUUAGGUAUCAGAUAGAAACUCAUUAACCGUAUUUUGUAGAAAAGUUACGAAAAUGUAUUGAAGAAAAUAAAAGAAACGAACAGGCGUAGAAAAAAUACACCUAAAAAAUAUCCUUGCCCAUCUAAUCGGAUAAUCAAUUACAU